CAGCCUACCACAUAAGCAGGUUUCCCAUAAGCGUCGCUCCAGACCCCGCCAUGUGAUGCGAUGAAUCUCCAUCUCUUCAAGUGAACAUCACUGGAAGUCCAGAGUCAGGAGGGCCAUUGGUCUGACCUUGAAAAGCCUAUGACGAUCGUGCCGAAAGUGAUCGUCGGAAGCAGUGAACCAUCAGUGCAGGGCCCAAGUGUGACAUGUGACCUGCAGGGUACGUGGGCAAAUAUCAUGUGACAUCCAACAGAGCAGGUAUUCGUCGAACCAUUCGACAACACUUAUCAACCAAUCAAGGGCACCCAAGGGAACUGCGGCGCUUGUACACUGCUAUAACAUCGAUUAAGAUACCUUGCUCGAACUCUGCUACAUGAGCUGCCCUGGACGUUGUCGUGUUUCUUUCCACAUUAUGUAAAGGCCUGAGUAUGUAAAAACACCCAGAGGGACGACACCAACACACGAGCACACAAUCUGUGUGCCAAGGCCCAGGCUCUUACACAAUGGAGUUCGUCCACCUCCUUGACUGCGUAUGCGCGAUCUUGUCGUGUUUCCUUGUUCUGUGGUGCGGAAUUUAUCUCUUCAUCUCCAAGGAUAUGGCUUCGACACCUGAAUUUGAUCUCGAUGUGGAAACGUCGCGAGAGUGGGAAGGCGUCAGGAAGGAAAUGCACGAAGCCAUUGUGGCGGAAGACGAGGCUCGUGUUCUAAAGUGUCUGGAUGCCGUGCCUGCUUUGAAACUGUGGUUGGACCCUGUUAAAGAAAAAUCAGCUCGUUACAGAGCUGUUAAAAAGAGAGCCAUCCGUAUACAUGGCCUUUUAGUCUCGCGUGGAUGUGUCCUCAAAAACACCAACGAAUCAUCAUAUUAUCAACAUCUCUCACCCGUCCAUCAAGCUGAAAUUCGACGGCAACGAUACUACACCACAUAAUGCAAAGACUCCUACAUCUAUUACUUGAGAAGCAAAUCAAGGAGCCACGUUAGACUUAAUGACUUGGAGAAGCGGUUGGAGAAGAUUUUCAGGGAACUUUCAACCGACCAAUUCAACGGGAAAAUAUUGAAAGUUGUUGCGACAGCACCGCACCUGGAUAUAGGAUUCGACUACAACAGUGAAAACGUUCAGGGGACCACGGGGUGCAGCGGCAGCCGCGUCCUCGGACUUGCUACCUGCGGAGAGCAAACACUUUUUAUCGGGGCUAGAGCAACGGAAGUCGAAGUCCGGGGAACGUUUAUUCACGAAUCAUGUCAGUGGGCACUUUAUUUGGUGUAUAAAAAUGAUGGCAAACCGUAUUUUUGCGAAGAUACAGAAAAGGAACAGGGAUACAGAGCCAUUCUGGAUGACAUAAAACAAAGAGAAAACUAUGUGGAUGUCUUGAUCCAACAAGCUUUUAUCACACCACAACUACUUUAUUUCAGGAUAAUGGGUGGGGAAUCAAAAAUGAAUAACAAGAAGCGAGCGUUCGUGUCCCACGUAUACUAACUCAAUAUGGCAGCGACCACGGAUGUAUGGCUCUGGAUCAGGAGAUACCAGAAAUACGUAGGUUUUUCGAGGAUAGUGUCAUUCCGCACAUGAAGAAAUACAUUCAAAAUGGAAUCCCGUCGACAGAUGCGACACAGAUAGAAAAGGAAAAAAAGGCGAGACUCAACAAAGCUUUCAAUGUUGGCAAACUCAAAGUCAAAUUCGAGAACCAUCUGAAGAACAGUGUCUGGGAAAACAGAUUGCUUCAUGUUUUUACUGGUCCAGAACUGACGCUUUUCGAAUUCGACGAAUUCGACGCUUUUGGAAUUCCUAAUGGGCAGAGUGUAAGACUACGCAGAAUUUGUUCAAACGACACAGAUUACGCUGAGAAGCUUGACGAACUCUGCAGUACACUUGCCCAAAGGGACUAUCCAGACUCCCUCCUAACCGAAUUCCGUCGCAAGGCACUCACACUCGAUCGAAACGAGGUUCUGGAAAACCGAAAAAAUCCCGACGCGUGCCAAAUAAGCUUCAUCACAAGAUAUUCCAACGCACUUCCAAACAUCAAAGCCAUUCUACAGAAGCACGAGCCCCUCCUCCAAAGCAGUGACCGACUUAACAACAUAUUCACAAAUCCCAUACAGGUGACAUACCGACGCGCAAGAAACCUGGCAGACUCCUUGGUCAAUGCCAAAAUCAGCAAAACGAGCGCCCCGUACACGGGAACACGACCCUGCAACCUCCCACGCUGCAAAACAUGCAAGCACGUUCAACACGCUAACUCCAUCAAAAGCACUGCGAGCAAUUACACCCACCCCGUUAACCACGCAUUCACAUGCACAAGCUCCAAUGUUAUAUACUGCAUUGAAUGCGGCGACUGCUCUAUGCAAUACAUUGGUGAAACCGGCCAACAAAUGAACAACCGCCUUACCGGACACAGAACCGACACGUCCAACAAACUCCCCAAAGCAGUCGCCGAACACUUUAACGUUCCUGGUCACAAUUUUGACAACAUUAAACUAUAUAUUCUAGAAACCGGGUUUAGAUCCACACGUGACAGACGUGAUAGGGAGUCUUAUCUCAUAUACAAGUUCAACGCUCUUCACCCGUCCGGUAUCAACAAAUCACAAGGCACCCUAGAAACACUUCACAAAUAAAAUAUGCUUUUCCCAUCUACCUCCAUUAUCAUCUGUUAUGUUCUGCAUGGCCACUGCUUUCUGCUCUCUUUAUUGCAUGCCACAACUUUGUAUUACAAAUAUAUAUUAAAAAAAAAAAAAAAUUUUGCUCGUUCUGGAAUUUUCCCCACGUAACCACUAACCUCCUUAUCUUUCGCUAUGCUUGCGAAUUCUUGCCUGUUGUCCCGUUUCGUCCACGUGUUCGUGAACCUUCCAUUUUUCUGCAACCGGUCUGUAGCCUAGAUCACUACGUUCACAUAAUCCCCUCCACACUCUAACAAAGCAGCCAUUCACUCCUGCCGUAAAAACCCGUACGGACCUUUCUUCCCUCCGGGCUGUUGACCCACAAUUCGCAUGAACCUUUAAACACGUCACACCUAACCCUUUAAAUACCAUGCCAAUGAUGAGGACGGUGCCCAGAAGAAGAACAGUCUCUGUUCGAAAUAUCGGCGGCUUCUGUCCUGAGGCAACUCCCUUCCUUUUCGAAAUAAUGGUUCAUAACGCUGUGCAAUCUACGGGAGGCCAUACUUGUUUUUCGAAGUAAACCAACUGGACUCCACACUGAAGGAUGUGUUACUUCGAAGACCCCUGACCCACCAUCACCGUACUUUUAACUACCACAAAACCAGGCACUAACGGAGCACUUAUUAAGGAAUAGUGAGCCGUCCUUUCUGCCUAACCUUUCAUGUGAACGUUAAUAGCUUCCCUCUCUUGUGAACGCUUAUUUUUCAACGGAGAGUUUUGAUCGAUUAUUUUUAGCGGACAUUUGUAACCGCAUAUUAUAGGCGAUAUGUUUUUGACAGCAUAUUUUUUACGAUUUAUUUUGAAACAGUGACGUUCUGUAAACGGUAGAAGUGCAAGGGUGCAGGCGAGCUGGUACAUUGUAAAGCGACGAUAAAACUACCCCAUAAGCUCUUUAACGCCCUUUCAUUCUGAUAAGUCAGUUUACCGUAUUUCUCACAAGACCCGCUUCGUUGAGUGCGCCGUAGGCGUUGUGUAUUAUAUACCUUUUGCAUGUGGUUUUUGCUACGUAGGACAGUCUGGUAGAUGCUUAGACAUUAGACUCUUAGAGCAUAAAAGAAAUGCAGACAGCCUUUUGAGGAAAUUCUGAAUUGGUCGAACACUUGAGAGAUUGUCACAAUUGUUUCCCGCUUUUCCGAGAGACCAUUGUAUUGAAAAAGGUGCGUGACCCGUUUGGGCGACUCUUAGCUGAGUACAAAGAGAUUAAGUCACGAGGCAAUUGCGUUAGUGUUCCCUCUGUUUCCCCCUUUCCACCCAUCAGGAGGUUAUUGGGAGUGUAGGCUGUCAUUAAAUGGGUUGCUGUGUC